UUUACAAAGGAAAAAUAUUAAAUAAAAAUGGAAAAUAAUGUUAAUUGCAACGUCCGGUCUCGAAUCACCGGCCGUUUAUUGCACCGUCGUCUUCAUUCGCCAACCGUCUUCUGCGUCACAGAAGAGUAGAAUGGGUAGCAAGAGUAGGAAAGAGAGAAGGAGAAGGAGAUCGGAUGAUUCUUCAUCGGAGUCGCCUUCUUCGCCGUCCGAUGAUGAUUCUGACAGCAGUUAUUGUUCGUCUCCGGAUAGUCGCCGGAGAAAUGAUAAUUGCAGUCACAGUAGUCAUCAUCGAUCGCGGCGAGGACGGAGCAGGCAGGAGUCAGAGAGUUCCUCUGAUGUCAGUGAUGAUAAGGGUGGGAAGAAGAAAAAGACCUCCAGGUACAUCACUGAAGAGGAAAUAGCACAGUACUUAGCUAAAAAAGCUCAGAGAAAGGCAUUGAAAGUUGCUAAAAAACUGAAGACCCGAACUAUAUCAGGGUAUUCUAAUGACUCAAAUCCAUUUGGUGACUCUAAUCUUAACGAGAAGUUUGUUUGGAGGAAGAAGAUUGAGCGUGACGUUGUACAAGGUGUGCCUAUUGAUACAUUUUCAGUUAAAGCUGAGAAAAAGAGACAGAGAGAACGGAUGGCAGAAAUUGAAAAAGUGAAGAAAAGAAGAGAAGAAAGGGCACUUGAGAAAGCACGACAUGAGGAAGAAAUGGCACUGUUAGCUAGAGAACGUGCUCGAGCUGAGUUCCAGGACUGGGAAAAAAGAGAAGAGGAGUUUCAUUUUGAUCAAAGCAAGGUUAGAUCUGAGAUUAGAUUGCGUGAAGGGCGUGCCAGACCAAUUGAUAUCCUAACCAAGCACCUCGAUGGCUCUGAUGAUUUGGAUAUAGAAAUAAAUGAACCGUACAUGGUCUUUAAGGGUUUGACAGUAAAGGAAAUGGAAGAGCUUCGUGAUGACAUCAAAAUGCAUCUGGACCUUGACAGGGCCACACCCACCCACGUAGAAUAUUGGGAGGCACUCCUACUGGUGUGUGAUUGGGAGCUAGCUGAAGCCCGAAAAAAAGAUGCACUUGAUCGAGCUAGAGUGCGAGGUGAAGAGCCUCCAGCUGAGCUGCUUGCAGAGGAAAGGGGUCUGCAUUACAGUGUUGAGCCAGAUGUGAAGAUGCUUUUGCAGGGGAAGACACAUGCAGAAUUGGAAGCUUUACAGGCACAUAUUGAGUCAGAGAUGCGUACUGGUACAGCAAAGGUGGUCGAGUACUGGGAGGCUGUUUUGAAACACCUCCACAUAUACAAGGCCAAGGCUUGUUUAAAGGAAAUUCAUGCUAAAAUGUUACGCAAGCAUUUGCAACGUCUUGAACAACCAUUGGAGGGUGAAGAUAAACUGGAAGAUGCUCAAGUCAUAAAAUCUGAGGAAGAUACUGAGGAUUAUGUUACAGUCCAAUCUGCAGACGAAUCAUUUUCACCAGAACCCAUUAAAGCAGAGGACCUAAUAGCCGAAGAUCAGGCUGGAUCACUUUCCCCGGAACUGUUUCAUGGUGAUGAAAAUGAGGAAGCUAUUGACCCUGAAGAGGACAGAGCCCUACUGGAGCGGAAACGUAUGGCUGUAAAGGAAGAGCAGCAGAGACGAAUUCAGGAAGCAAUGGCAUCAAAGCCUGCACCACCUGAAGAUAAUUUUGAGAUGAAGGCCAUGAAAGCUAUGGGAGCUAUGGAAGACGGGGAUGCAGUGUUUGGCUCUGGUGCUGAAGUAAAUCUAGAUUCACAGGUUUAUUGGUGGCAUGACAAAUACAGGCCUAGAAAGCCAAAAUAUUUCAACCGUGUUCACACUGGAUACGAGUGGAACAAAUAUAAUCAAACUCACUACGAUCAUGACAAUCCACCUCCAAAGAUUGUACAGGGGUAUAAAUUUAAUAUUUUCUACCCAGAUCUUGUAGACAAGACGAAAGCUCCAGCUUACACUAUUGAGAAGGAUGGCAGCAAUGGUGAGACUUGCAUUAUAAGAUUCCACGCGGGGCCACCAUACGAAGACAUUGCUUUCCGCAUUGUAAAUAAAGAAUGGGAGUAUUCUCAUAAGAAAGGUUUUAAGUGCACUUUUGAACGCGGAAUUCUACAUGUGUACUUCAACUUCAAACGCCACCGCUACCGCAGAUAAUUUCAAGCAGUCUGGCUCACGAUCAAGGUGAGCCUCAGCUACAGAUACCAGCUGGCUACCAUUUUGAAGAGUAGGGUGUAUCCGUGUAUGUGAAGGGUGCUGGCACAAGAGUUCCUUUUUGAUAUUUGGAGCAAUUGUUCAUGUGUUAACAUUUACAUUGGGCCAAGCUUGAUCAUUGUACUUUUGAUGAUACAUUCGACGUGAAACUUAAACGUUGAAAGAAUUUGUAGCAGUGAACAUAUGAAUCACGGUUUCUGAUUG